GAGUGAACCUCUUGAGAGUCUGAUUGAUUCUUUUGCUGACUGGCGACUCUCUGACCCACCUGUCCAUACUGACAAUCUGAAAAUGGCCCAGCUUCCUUCAACGCAAUGGCUGGCCUUGUUAGAUGCAGCCAGUGAUGCUGAGAAACCUCAUCUGCAAGCACUCUUAGAUGGUGCAAUAAAACGGGAACAGGAGUCAGAGAAGGAGAGGAAGGAGACCUUGCUGAGAAGGCAAGUAGCUCUCCUAGAGACUGUUCCCUCACUGACUGAACAGCAGUGCGGGGAACAGUUGCAGUCCAUACUUACAACCUUUGUUCAAGUCCGGAUUCUUGACGACCAUACCACUCAGACCACUGAAGUCUUUGCAAAGCUGCAGACUCUUCAGGAUGAUCUGACUGAUAUGACCCGCAAGUACCAUGACUUGACAAAGGAGGUGGCUGACCUGCGACAAGCCCAGGUGGCCAACCCUCUUCCUCUACCCCCUGGAUCUGAAGCUGCAAUCGAAACCACCUCUGCCCCUCUUACUGUAUCUUCUUCUACCUCUUCUUCGAGUGUGAUGGCAACCCCUUUGGGACCUGCAGCAGGUGCAGAUUCCACUGUUAAUGUAACAAGCAAUGAGGCUGGAACUUCUGCAACUGCUGCAGCCCCAAGACCGGAACCAGUUGUUGCUGGUCCCAGCUACGCCAGUCCCUACGUGGACCGGAAGGCGGUGCAAAUGCCGUCCAAGUACGACAACAAGGAUGACAUCGAGUCCUGGAUCGGCUCCAUGAGGGCCUACUUUGAGAUCCUGGGAACUCAACCUGGGAACUAGGCGGUGAUCAUGGGAAUGAAUGUCGAGCCAGUCGUACGGGGCUUCCUAGAAGUCCAAGCAACAUGGGUCGGGUUUCCAAAGGCUGCACUAGCCAAAUGGCUAAGGAUCACCCCGGUUGCCUCCCUCGAAGAGCUCUUUAUCUCGAAAUACCAAGAUCCACAUGUUGCUGCUAAAGCGAGAAUUCAACUAGACAAAGUAAAGCACAGCAAGUGGA